GCUAACAGGAAGUGGAAUAAUGAGGACGGAUUGAGGCGCAGGAAUUGGCGAACAGCAGCGAGUUCAAACAUUGACCCUUAUAGCCGUUGCAACAGUUCCCUCUGAAACAGGUGGAACAAGCAGCCAGCCACCAGUGUACGAAGAACAGCCAAAGGCAGCUAUGUCUUCAACGGUGGAACUCAAGACAAAGGAGGAGAAGGAUGCAGAGCUGGACAAGCGAAUUGAAGCUCUGAGGAAGAAGAAUGAAGCUCUGAUGAAGAGGUACCAGGAAAUAGAGGAAGAUAAGAAGAAAGCAGAGCAAGAGGGCAUUGCGGUGACUACACCUCGUAAGCCCCGCCCCCAUGAGCCAAAGAUGGAGAAAGAAAACUUCACUGUCACAGUCGACCUUUCUAAAACAACAGGGGAGAAGAGAGUUGUGAACGAAUGGAGACCGGGAACUCCUCGCGGCCGGAAGACAUCAGAGGAGAGCGACAGCCACAGAGGGCAGAGUGAUGGCCGCAGCCCCCCCAGGAGGACCGGGUCUGGGCGAAUGGGUCGGGGAGGUCAGAGAGGAGGAGGAGGAGGAGACAGGAGAGACCGGGAACCGAGAACACCCAGAGAUGGAGAGCCUGGUGAGUCAGGAGCCCAUGGACGCAGAGGAGGAAGGAGAGGAGGAGGAAGAGGAGGAGGAGGAGGAGAAGGGGGAGAAGGGACACCAGGAGGAAUGGACAGGAAAUCCAAGGAAUGGGAGGAGAAGAGACGACAGAACAUUGAGAAGAUGAAUGAAGAAAUGGAGAGGAUAGCAGAGUAUGAAAGAGGACAGCGGCAGGAUGGAGACAAACCGACCCGUAACUUCCUGGAUGACCCGAGACGUUCAGGUCCAGCCCCGGACACGGACCGCAAGGAGGGCAGCCGGAGACAUGUACGAAACUGGGGGGGACUGGACUUUGACAAUGUGAAGACAGGGUCUGAGCUGGAAAAAGAGUGGACCAGCCGGAGACCUGGUCCCAAAGGCUCUAUGGAUAUGACGAUGUCUAUGACUGGCCGGGAGAGAGCAGAGUACCUGCGCUGGAAGAAGGAGCGUGAGCAGAUAGAUGAGGAGAGAUUAGCACGCCAUCGUAACGCCACAGGCCAGUGGAGACGAGAGUGGGACGCACAGAAGACGGACAACAUGUUCAAAGAGGACCCAUAUGCGGCCACUGAGGGCAUCCCAUCGGAGGGCGGCAGGAGAGCGCGGGGGCAUAACUCUCGUACAGAGCCUCGGGGCAGGGCCUCAGAUGACAGUAAGCGACCUCCGAAAGCGCCGACAUUCGGCGACUUCCUGUCCCAGGGCAGGACCCAGGGGCCAAGGGGCGACCGGAGCAGAGGGAGGGGCCGAGGACAGAAGCAGAGCUACAGCAUGCAUGACAACCGCUGGGAGGGAGAGAAGGAAGAGGAGGAGAAGGAAAAGGAGGAGAAGGAAAAGGAAAAGGAGGACAAGACGAAGAAAGAAGAGAAGAGUAAAAAGAAAGAUAAGGAAGAAGAGAAAUCUAAACCUCCCACAGUACAGAAGGUGGAGGAGAAGAAUGGAGGAGGAGAGGAUGAUGAUGAAUGGGAGGAUGCCAGUGACGAUGGGGAAUAUGAGGAGGUGAGCGACUCGGAGCAAGACUCCAAAGGCGACGAGAAGAAGGACAUCGGAAAGGAGAAGCAAGCAAAGAGCAAAGAGUCCUCCCCAAAAACUCCCAAACCUCGUUCUCGUCAAACAUCAGCAGGAAGCCCCAAAGAUCAGCGGACUCCCAGGCCAAAGGUCCACAUCCCGCCCCCAGCGGCCACUCAGGAGUCCCCCGAGGGAGGCAAACCCCUCAGCCCCUUCUCCCCGCUGGACGGCCACAAGCCUGUGUCAGACUGGGGGGAGGAGAUGGAGUUGCUGUCACCCAGGAGCAGCAUGGGAGGCGAGAGCCCGCCGAAACCCUCCAGCGUUGAUUCCAGCCCCCCACAGAAGGAGGAGGAGGAGGAGCAGCAGGAGGAAGAGAUCAAGAGCCAAGCUGCCAGCUCCAGUGAACCUGCCGAGUCACAGAGCGAGGAGCAUGCAGCCGUUGAUGUUUCGUCUCCUCCAGAAAAAGCUGAAAUCCAGGAGAUCCAGGUGAUGGUGUCAGAACCUGAUUCGGCUCCUAAAGACUCACCUACUGCACUGACAUCUGACCCCGCCCCCUCUGAGGUGAAGGUGGACGAGGAUACGCCUCCAGCCCCGUCAGAAGCAGACAAACCCGACUCCCCGCCCGCCCCCUCCGUCCUGGAAGCCGAACCGAGCUCGCCUGAACCUUCAGUAGAAAAAGAAGAUGACGCGCCGCCUGCCGAGAGCGACGCUGCUCCGACAGCAGAAACACAGCAGUCCUCAGAGCAGCCGUCCUCAGAGCAGCAGUCCUCAGAGCAGCCGUCCUCAGACUGAAGCUGCAGCACGUCUGAGGAUGGAUGGAUGGAGGAGGAGGAGGAGAUGGAUGCAUCACACUACUCAUCCGUGGCCACUGCAUAUCUAAAUUUGUUUUAAAAAACAGGAAAAAAAUGACUUCAUCCAUGAUGAGGAGGUGGAGGAGGAGGAAGUGUGCAUUGCCUCCACGGACCAACCUCUUCUUAGCGCUCUGAGCUGUGAUCAAACACCCCCUCCCUUUGCUUCACCUCCCCUCUUUCUGUAGUACUGAGACAUCAAAAGUAAAAUGUCCAUCAGUGUCUUGGUUUAAAAAUGGCGACUUCUCUCUACAGACUCGUUUUCUCUGCUCUGAGAGAACAUCUGUGUUCGUGUGUAUGAAAACGUCACUCUAACACUGCCCUGAGAGCCUCACAGAGGUCGUUUCUGCCUCAGAUUCUGCUGAAGUUACAGACAGUAACGUGGAUUACUUCGCUGCCUGGAUUACUUCACUGCAUCCUUUUUGUCCAGCAGGCUCUCAUCCCCAUUGAUCACCCCUUAACGAAGAAGGCAGCUGCUGAGCCCAGCCUGUAGAAGGUCGACGUGGUCUCUCCUUUCAGGAUCAGUAACCUGAAUUUCUCCACCGGAAAAAGACAAUCAUUAACCUCCAACUUCCCCAGUGAUUGAUUGAUUGGAUUCAUCUUAUUAGCUGAUCGUCUGCAGAAUGGGGCAAUCGCCGUCCUGUUCUAACAUAGUUACAGAAAACAAAAAAAUGGUGAUUGACACAGAUAUUGACCACGCUUAAACUGAUAUCCUGUAAGAGGAUCUCAAGCACAUUAAUCAAUGAAAAACAAAUCUGCCUUUUCCUCAAUUUUAUUUUCUUGAUGCUGUUGAAAUGAAAAGGCAGGAUUACAGCUGCCAGACCCAGUUAAUGUUGAGCUUUAAGCAGAGGUGACAGCUGUUUGCUAAGCUCGCUUCUUUCCGAUCAGUUUCCGUCUUUUCCAUCACGGCGACUCUAGCAUUUCCGAUCUGUCUUAAAACGUCACGCUGUAGUUUCACCGAUGACGCAGAUUUAAUUAAAUUUUAAUUGAUCGUGAUUCUAAUUCAGCUCAGAUUCAAACUCGGCUCUAUCAUUGAACUUUUCCAUCGGCUCAUUUUGUGUCGAACGAUAUCGAACAUAAUAAUAUCAUAUAAUGAAUUAUUGUUUGUAAUAGAUGGUGGCAGUAAAACGGCGCCCGAGGACAGCAACUGUUUAGAUGUCAGGCACACCGGCUCGAUCUGAAUGGUGACGGCUUUUUAACUCUCUACUGCACACGUCGUUACACCAUUUGGGCGAAAUGUUGGCGUUUUCCAUCCAUCCGUCCGUUUUCUGCCGCUUAUCCGGGUUCGGGUCACCGGGGCAGCAGUCUGAGUAGACUUCCCUCAUCCUGACCAUCUUCUCCAACUCAUCCAUGUUUACACAGUCAUUCCCAAGCCAGCCAGUAGAUUUUAUCACUAAAUAUGACUUUUAAUCAACACUUAAGCAAAGAUUUGUUGUUUGAACUGCACAGACUCGCUGUGCAACAACAUAAACGGUGUCUUUGAAUUAUUUGGGAAGUGCAGCAUGAAAUUCAGACACUUUUCAUAAAGAUUAAUUUAUUAUGUGGAUUCCUUUUUGAUCAAAUCUGAAAACACAAAAAUGUUGCUUCAGAAUUCUGUGAAAAUCACAUUUUUGUGACAUUUUUAUCCUAAAGCUGAAGUUUGCUUGUCCUCAGAGGCAGCAGCCAUCAGCGGUCUCUCUUCAGUCGUGUCACUAUGUUGAGCCUAACACAGUGCAUUUGAUCUGAUCUGAGUUACUAAGAGAUUCACAUAUUUGCAACACAGGAAUCCACCGACUGCAUAGUUGCGGUGUUGGUGCAGACGUAAAGCAGAGGGGUGUUUAAAAGGCACAGCAUCGAGCCGCCACGUCUUCAUCUGCAUAAAGCGGAAGUUCAGGGUUCUUUGUGCAAAUCAGGAGCGUUCGCUCCAACACGAGGUCUCUGGGAAGUCGUGGAAAAUUGUGAAAUUAACACCUGUGAGUCUGUAAUGAAGACCGAUUCAGCAGGCAUCGUUCUCCCUGGACUCAGUGCAGACGACUCGCUGAGUUGAUUUUGGUUUUAAACCAGGACUGUGGGAGAAAACCCACGCGAGAUGUCCAUCCCCGCAGGUCACACAUCCCUUUUCUCUUUAUCUUUCCAUUGAAAGGCCGCCGGUGAUAUUAAAUAUCAGGAGGUAAGGCGUGCAGUGGAGGGUUAAAGAAGAAACUCCCAACAAGUCCUCAAACCUCAGUUUCACCCAUUUCUGAACUCGUCAGCGUGCUGCAGCAUGUUUGACGUGUCCAGAUUAAAAUCAGUGAAACUGAGGUUUGUCCGCGUGUUCCCGACAUUUUCUUCCUUUUUUUGGUUUUUGGUCUUCAGGACUGGAACGCCACCACAAACAAACCCUUCCUGUAAAUGUUAAUCAGCUGCUGCUCACCUGCUUUACCUGAAAGAAUCAUGUGACCUACUCGGGUCUUCUCUUUAUUCAAAUCUAUCAAAAUCAAUUAUGUAGUCAGAAAAAAAGUCACUCCAAUUGAUGAUUUGAUUAUGUAAUUCUCUCUGAUAUUGCUUUACAUUUAGGCGACUACACUUUGCCCGGCCCUCUUAGGACUCGCUGCCUCCAUCGUAUGAAGUUUGUUUUGUUUUUUGGGAUUAAAUGCAAAUGUUUUAAACAGUCGUUUGUGAAUGAAACCGUCUCCUUUUUGUUCUGAUGGUUUAUUUUGGAGUGAAACCGCUCUCUCAUACCUCAGUGGGCCAAGGGCUUCAGUUUGUUUUCUCAGCUCGCAUCAGCCGGAGCGUUGAACCUGUGGCGUUUAAACACACGUGGAUGAGUGGGGAUGCUUUAAUGUUUUUUGUAUUCUGUAUCCGAGGAAUAAAAGUGAUGCCUCUGGGUUGAAAGAAAACUGCAGUAUGUACAGUUUUAUAAAAGGAAUUGAAGUUUUUGUUCCAGCAUUGAAUGUCUGUGCAAAAUGCAGCCUGUGAUCUCUGAAGUUUCCUCGUCUUCCUCUUUCCGGUUUGAGUAGGUCAUGGUUGUGUGCGUUAGUCCAGUCCCUUUAUCGGCUGUUCAGAUUCAGCUUGCUGCAUCCUAGCACGCAUGUUUAGGUGAAGCCACUUUGAGUGGUUCACCCGCUGAGCCCAGCAGGCAGCAGAUAUCUAAUCAAGUUUUACUGUCCAGCGUUCUCGGUCUUCGCCCACCUGCUGAUUCUCCUCCAGCAGCCUGUGCAGCAGGGGCGUCUCCGGGCAGGUUUUCUCCUUCUCCAGGACGACCAACAGGAAAUCAGAAUGAUCAGAGACGCUGUAGGGAACUAAUGGAGAGUAAGCUGCGUGUUCCUCGGCUCAGGAUCUGCUUUGUCAGAGGAGGUGAUUGCCUCUUCCAUCCAAAAUCUGAGUGUGACUCUGAGGGCAAGUUUCACCUCAUUUCUCUGACCCCAAGUUCAUCAAGUUUCUCUGCAAACACAAAUGUAGAAGGCAUACAAAGAGAUGUAGCUUCUGUUUUUUUUAAUGUUAUGAAAGACCUCGAUGAGAAAUGUCCACGUCAGAGAGGGAAGGAGCAUCUAGACGCUUGUACAGCUUUUAAAAAAAUGUGUUCAUUGAAAUGAAAAGCAAACUUUUGCUUUGUUUGUGUUUUAUGCAUUCGGCCAAUAAAUGUUUUCUCUCUCUC